AUGUCUCGGAAUGAGUCCAUUAGCGAAACGAUCCAGUCACUAGAGAGCUCCGACAGCCUUCUCUCAUGGAUCAAUGACACCCUGGGCGCGAAGGAAGACGACCUCGCUGCCCUCGAUCAGCAUAUCACGCACAUAGUUGCUGCCCUCGAUAUCGCCUGCGAAGAGACCUCCUUCCAGCUCGAGCGGAUAAUAGACGAUGUCUCGCGCGGAGUCCCUAGAUUGACAUAUGACCUGCACUUUAUGAAGGACAGUGCUAUGGCCCUCCAGUCGGUGCUGGUAAAGACCCAAGACCAUUCCGUCAGCUCCCUUCCCGCGCAGACCAACGAAACGCUGGAGCAUCUAAGGACGCUGGAUGCUGUUAAGCGACACAUGGAGUCGGCGCGGGAGGUGCUGAGAGAGGCCGAGAGCUGGAGUAGUCUGGAGAUGGAGGUCACAGGCCUUUUGGGCGAAGGCAGCUAUGCCCGGGCGGCGGAGAGGCUCUCCGAGGCUAGCAAGAGCAUGGUCGUCUUUCAGAAUACGCCGGAAUACGAAUCUCGGAGGACGCUGAUGGUCAGCCUCCAGAACCAGCUGGAGGCGUCUCUCAGCUCUGCCCUCGUCGCCGCGAUCAACACGCAGGACGUCGCCCUCUGCCGAAACUACUUCACUAUCUUCUCCAACAUUCAACGCGAAUCCGAGUUCAGGAACUACUACAAUGGAUCUCGCAGGGCCCCGCUCACUGAAAUGUGGCAGGAUCUACCCGUUGACACGGAACAAUCGAUUGGCCAAAGUUUUGCUGAGUUCCUCCCCAAAUUCUACUCUAAAUUCUUGACUCUUCUUAACGCGGAGCGCGUCACAAUCCCCUCAGUGUUCCCCGAUCCGCAGGCGUCGUUGUCGAACCUCAUCGUCUCAGUCCUUACCGCGCUCCAACCCUCAUUCUCGGAGCGUCUGGCUGCUCUCUUCGAACAAUAUGGUUCAUCGGCCCUCGCGAACUGCAUUACAACCUUGAAGGUCACGCAGGAUUUCGCCGUUAACGUCGAAAAGGUUAUGGACAAAGUCAAAUUCUCCACUCCUAGUGUACGGUCUCAUGGCCAGGACGGCGGUGCAGCUGAGGUUGUAGAACCUGCCGCGCGCGAACGAGUGCAUAGAAGACGUUCCAGCCGGAUGUCCAUCUCAUGGCGUGCCGGGUCCCAGCGUGCAACACAGGGAUCUGUGGGAUCUCCGAACGUGAACGUAGCGACGCACGACGACUUCGAAUGGGGUCGCGAGUUGUUCCAGCCGUACCUUGACUAUCAGGUUGAUUACGGGAAACUGGAACUCAAGAUGCUGCAAGAAGCCUUUGAUCGAGCGACGGCGAAUGAGGACGACGGCGACGUGCGCUCGGACAAGUCGCGACUUCUACGGGAAGCAGCUGUCGACCUCUUCAGCAUCGGAGAAGAGAGCUUCGCGCGAUGUCUCAGUUUCACUUAUGGAUAUGGUGCCGUCGGACUUGUUCAGGCACUGGAUACAAUGAUUGAGCUAUUCUUCAAUGUAUUCGCGAAGGGUAAACGGACGGGGGGCACUUCGCCAGCGAGAGCGCAACCUUCUAUCUCCUACGACGAUUUCGUGGACCUUGACUAUUCCGCGCAGGAUUGGGCCGAUUUGCAGCAUUCGCUCCACUUUCUUGGUGCUGCCCGAGCGAUACAUGACCGCCUCCUUGUCUUCGAAGCGAAGCUGCGCUCGACUCUGCUGCAAAUAGCCAGCCAGUUCCACAUGGCAGAGAACGACCCUAUCAAUUUCACCGUCGCGCCCACCAAAGUGCAAGAACUUCUACUGCAGCAAUCGCUUCUCAACUCGUCAGAACUCCGCACUCUCCUGGAUAGCGUGCAGAAGCAGACGCAACUAGCACCAAAUUCCUCCCCUUCCGACCCAAUACUACUACAUGCAGGACGAAACGGAUUGUUCUCGUUCGUGAAAACAUGUCAGGUGUCGAUGCAAGAGACCAUCCUGUCUCCCCUGCGCAAGCAGCUCCAACCUUACCCUACGUUAUCCUUGUGGCCUGCCUCAGGAGACAAGUCCAGAACAAAUUCCUCCGGUAUCAGUGAUCUCCAAGUCCCCACUUUCUCGCUGUCUCCAAGUGAGAUAGUGCAAAAGGUCUCCGAAGGCCUUCUCAAUCUACCAAGGCUGUUUGAAGUCUAUGCAAACGAUGAUGCGUUGUCGUUCUCUCUCGAAACGCUUCCGUACAUCAAUCCCGAAGUUCUUAAGGGCAUUCCGGAAGAACCACAUUCAGAACUGCCAGUACCUCCAAGGCACAUCCGUCGUACAUCCCUCGUUUCUAUUCAGGCUGCACCAACUCCACCUGUAACGCUGGACGCGGAAACAGUCUCUUCGGCAUGGCUGUCGUCUUUGGGUCAUUCACUCCUCUCGUAUCUAAUGAACGACAUCCUCCCCAAGAUCCCUUCCUUAUCGGAAGCGGGAGCAGCCCAGCUUACUUCGGAUUUGAGUUAUCUGUCGAAUAUUCUUGGCGCUCUCAAUGUUUCCUCGGAAGACCUUGGGAAGUGGCAGGAAUAUGUCGGUUUACUGGAUGCGGAUGGCGGUCGUGCAAAAUUGGUAGAUGCUGAGAUGCAGUCCGACACUAUAUUUCAAUCUGUUGCGCGAAUGAGAGGCUGGAGUAGUUAG